AUGGUGACAUGUCUCCAGGCUGUCCUCUUCCCUUGGACCAUGGGAAGAUACCUGGUGUCUCCCAGCAGCUGGAGGACUUGGUCCCCUUCCCUCUACAGGGAGUGGGACAGGAAAACCAUCACUAGCCUUCAUCACAUUGGUCCUGAAAAGGGACAGAGGCUUUUCCUCCUGAGAGCUUGUUUCAGGGGACAGGACGGCCUCACACUCCCCCACACAGCCCUACUCCACCCUCGAUGUCAUUUUCUUCAAGGCCCCUGCAUGAGGAAGGAAAAGAGACCCUCUCCCCAGGCGGAGGCAGACCCCUCCCACAGCACCUGA